UUUUAAAUCUUUCCAAUAAUGGUUGCCGAACGUGAUACCUGAGUAGAAGCAUGGAUAACGUUGAAUACUGAGUACAGUUUUCGCCAUGAUUUCUUCAAACGUGGUCCUCCUCAGCUUAUUGGCAGUAACAGUAACAUGCGAGGACCUGGACUUCCCCCCAGGGUUCCAGUUCGGGGCCGCAUCAGCAGCGUACCAGGUGGAAGGCGCUUGGAAUGUCAGUGAUAAAUCCGAAAAUAUAUGGGACAGGCUGGUCCGUGACAAGCCUGAACUCAUCGCCGACAGAUCCACCGGAGAUGUGGCCUGCGACUCCUACCACCUCUGGAGACGGGACGUCGAGAUGACCGCAGAUCUUGGCUUGCACUUCUAUCGCAUAUCUAUAGCAUGGACGCGACUGCUGCCGAAUGGUUUCGCUAACAAAAUCAGCGAGGACGGACUUAACUACUACAACAACGUGAUCGACGGACUUCUUGAGAAAGGAAUUCAGCCGAUGGUGACGCUGUACCACUGGGAUCUGCCGCAAAGUCUACAGGAUCUAGGUGGCUGGACUAACCCCCUCAUCGUGAACUGGUUCGGGAACUACGCUCGCAUCGCCUUCUCCCUAUUCGGAGACAGGGUGAAGACCUGGAUCACCAUCAACGAACCCUUGAUCAUGUGCGACGUGCCAUACAACACUGGAUCUAUGGCACCGGCUAUUGUAAACCCUGACGUGGGCGCCCACCUCUGCGCCAAGAACGUCCUUAUGGCCCACGCUAAAGCUUGGAGAAUUUAUGAUAAGGAGUUCAGGCCGAAGUACCAUGGUGAAUUAUCCCUGGCCAAUCAUUUGAUAUGGUACGAACCGUUCACACCUGAAGAUGAGGAAAUAACGGAAACAGCCAGAGAGUACAUGGCAGGUCGUUACUCCCACCCAAUAUAUUCAAAGGAGGGCGGCUGGCCGCCGGUUAUAGAAAAAAUCAUGGCUGAGAACAGCAAGGCAAAAGGAUAUAGUGAGUCAAACCUGCCAGCAUUCACUAAGGAAGAAAUUGAGUUCGUUAGAGGUACGUUCGACUUCUACGCUGUGAACCACUACACCAGCAGGCUGAUACGCAGGGCGAAAGAGGGUGAGGAAUUUGGUGCCUUCCCCCUGUCAGACGUACCAGACGUCGGAGCUAAAUACGAAAUAAAUCCUGAUUGGAAACCUACAACUUCGUCGUGGUUCUUUGUAUAUCCCGAAGGUUUGCGAAACCAGAUCGUAUGGUUAAGGGAGCAAUACGGGGACAUGAAGUUCAUCGUCACAGAAAACGGAUACGCGCGGUUAAAAGGAUUAGAUGACACAGACAGAAUAGAAUAUUACACUGAAUAUUUAAAACAGGUCCUACGAGCCAUCAAAGAAGACGGGGUGAACAUCACUGGGUACACAACUUGGUCUCUCAUGGACAACUUCGAAUGGGGGGACGGGUACAACUCCAGGUUCGGCCUCUACGAAGUGGACUUCACGUCUCCAGAACGAACUAGGACUCCUAAAGCAUCCGCAGAGUUCUACAAAAAACUGAUACAACGACACUCUUUGAACGUAGAUUAACUGAUGAGCCUACCCUUACCCAUGAUUUUAAUAACCUAUUUAGUUAUAGCCUAAUCAGGAAAAUGAAAAAAACUCCUUUGGAGCCGCCACUGAUACUUCAUGGUCUUAAAGUUAACGUUUUCAAUAUAAGAAAUUAGUUCCAUAUUUUGACAACAUUGCGAGGUUUUCAAUUUUUCUGGUCACGCUGUAAUUGCUUUAAUUUGUAUGAAAUCUUGUAAACUAAAAGGUCGAUUAAAUCAUUAUACAUCGAGUGAUAGCUCUUAGUUAAAAUAAACAAAUAUUUAACUAUCAAUACAAAAAAAAUACGAUUUGUUAUUUUUUUGUAAAAUAAAAUAUUAUACGUGGCAAAGGCAUUGAUCAAUUAUGAGUCCUA